AUGGUGUGCGUCAUUCUCUCCAUCGCGCUCUCCCUUAAGUGGGAGACUCGUCAGCUCGAUGUCAAGAACGCCUUCCUCCACGGUACUCUCACCGAGGUCGUCUACUGUCGCCAAACCACUGGCUUCAUCGACUCGACUCGCCCCGAGCACGUUUGUCGGUUGAACCGUUCUUUAUACGGUCUCAAGCAGGCUCCUCGUGCAUGGUACCAGCGCUUCGCGAGCUUCAUCAUCUCGACAGGCUUCAUAUGCUCGCGCUCAGACACCUUGAUAUUCGUCCUCCGAUGUGCGGAAGGCACGGCCUUCCUCCUCCUCUACGUGGAUGACAUUGUCCUCACCGCUUCCUCAACUGGACUGCUCGACAGGAUCAUGGCCUCUCUCCGCUCUGGGUUUGCCAUGACCAACAUGGGUAGCCUCCACUACUUCCUCGGCAUCGCGGUCACCCGCGACUCCUCCGGCAUGCAUCUCUCGCAAGCCAAGUACGCCGCGGAGAUCCUGGACCGGGCAGGCAUGACUGCUUGCAAGUCCGCCACGACUCCAGUUGACACGUCACCGAAGCUUGCUGCUACUGCCAGCCCUCCUGUGGCCGACCCCACCGAGUAUCGGAGUCUCGCUGGGGCCCUGCAGUACCUCACCUUCACGCGUCCUGACAUCGCGUAUGCUAUUCAGCAGGUGUGUCUUCAUAUGCACGACACUUGUGAACAGCAUCUUGCCGCUAUUAAGCGCAUCUUGCACUACGUCAAGGGUACGCUCUCCCAUGGACGCCAGCUUCACUCAUCAUCACCGGACUCCAUGAUCACCUACACCGAUGCCGACUGGGCUGGUUGGCCCGACACUCGACGCUCUACGUCAGGCUUCUGCGUCUAUCUCGGUGAUAACCUUGUCUCUUGGUCAUCCAAGCGACAACAUACGGUCUCUCGCUCCAGCACCGAAGCCAAGUACCGAGCUGUGGCCAAUGUCGUCGCUGAGGCCAGCUAG